UUUGGAGCGCCACAUGGCAACCCACCACAGAAAUAAGGGAGGCGAACGCGCACGGCCUGUGUGGUUUAUGUAACUUCAAUUAAAAAUAAAACGUGUCCAUCUUCAGCUCAGUAUGACACAAUGAGACUUUGAACCGCAACGGCACCAAAUGUAUCAGUAAAGCCAAAAAGCUACGCGUCAAACCCAAGAGGUUUAAGGAUGCAUCGUGGCGGGGACAAGGACUACCAGAUUUCGGCAAGAAAGAUGGCAACGUCCUUGUUCUUCCAGCUCUCUGCUCAUGAACGCGAGCUGGAUUUGGUGUGUCUGGACCACAGCUACGCCAAACCGUGGAACUCUCACCCGGACGCCAGCAGCUCCCGUCCCACCAGGACGCUGUUUGUCACCCCGAGACGCCAGCCUGAAGUUUUGCCAGACUCGGAAGGUUUAAUAGAUGUGGAGAUGGUCACACCCACGCCUGUGCCUCUGUAUGACAACCACAAAGCUCUGAGUGUAAUGAAGGAGUGCGAGCGACACGUCCUGUUUGCUCGCACUGUAGCGGACAGUCCCCCACCCCCUGAUGACUGGGAGGAGCACAUCAACAAGACAGUGUGGUCGGUCGCUCAGACCAAAUUGUUCAAUAAAGUCCUUAAAGCACUUCAAGUCGAGAGACUAGCUCGUUUGGCCAAUGAAAGUGCACCCAACGAACCGAUACUACGCAGGUUAGCUGUGGACAAAUGUGCCAGGAAGGUGCGGCACGCGUUAGCAAGCGUCAACUGGGACACCAAGCUGACGCAGUGGUUACACACCAUUCUGAUAGAAUCACUGAGUCUCGCCAUGCUAGCCGCCUACCUGGAUGUACUGCAGACUCUCAAAAGCAAGUUGCCCUCACUUAUUGACAGAAUGUUGCUGCCGUCGGCAAAGACGGGCUCUGCCAGUGCAGAGGCCCUGUCCUUGUUACUGAAGCGUCCCUGGGACCCAGCCGUUGGGGUUCUGUCCCAAAACAAACCGAGCAAGCUCCCUGGAUCACCUCUCAUUCUCAUCGCACCGUCAAGCCCCACAAAUCCAGCUCUGUCCACAUCGCGGCGAAUGCGAUUCUGGCAGUCGCAGCUCUCCUGCCUGGGAAAGGUCAUACCCAUCCACACUCAUGUCACCAGCGGCGCCAACAUUGGCAUCACGCAGUGUCUCGAGCACAUGCUGGGAACCGUAAGGGCCAAGGUCAUUGAGGUUCACAGUCACUUCCCCCACAAACCCAUCAUCUUGGUCGGUUGGAACGCAGGAGCGCUCAUUGCUUGCCAUGUGUCCCUGAUGGAGUAUCUGACCGCUGUGGUUUGUCUGGGCUUCCCCCUGCUUACAGUCAACGGUCCAAGAGGGGAUGUGGACGACCCACUGCUGGACAUGAAAACUCCCGUGUUGUUUGUGGUCGGGCAAAAUGCUCUGCAGUGCAGCGUGGAAGGAAUGGAGGAUUUCCGAGAGAAACUGAGGGCAGAUAACAGCAUGGUGGUGGUGGGAGGAGCUGAUGAUAACAUCAGAAUCAAUUCUGCUAAAAUGAAAUUGGAAGGACUGACGCAGACGAUGGUUGACCGCUGCAUUCAGGAUGAGAUUGCAGACUUCUUGUCAGGCGUCCUCGCAAGAGCUGAGAGCCACAGCCACGGCUCAGGGGAGACCAGAGACCUGGACACAGAGAAGAAGAGAAGGCCCCGACGAGAAGUCCCCUUUGACAUGGAGAGAGGACGACCUUCCUCGCCCGCCCUGAGAGUCGCCAUCUCUCCGUCGGGGUCAGAGGAUCUGUCCAGUGUGUGCAGCAGUCCCACAUCAAGUCCUAAACCCAAGACCGGUCUCUCCCCAGCUCAGAAGUCCAGUCUGAUUACGGCCACCCAGCUUCUGAAGACCCACAUGCAGCGCUCGGGCACAAUGCUCUCACACAAGCAGGCCCAAGCUCAGUUUGCUGCUUUUAUGAAACAAAACAUGCUUGUGAGGAAAAACCUUGCUCCUGGUACUCCUCCUUGUAUUUUUGUAACCAGCGAUCAGGUGGAGGCGCUGGACAGAGACGAGCUGAGGCCUCGUGGCAAGAGGAGGCAAACGGCGAGUCCCACGCAGAGCAAAGCGUCCAAGCGGGCCAAGAUCAAGGUCACCAUUGUUUCCCAAAGCGAGUCAGCAGGGGGCAGCAGCCCAGCUGCACAUGAAGUUGGUGUCUCUGGAAAGCCUCUUGCAUUAACAGUGGGACAAACUGUGGCCGGAGCCAAGGAGCUCUCUGGACUUCUCACAGGCCAACGGUCUGGUAGUCUCUCAGAGGUGUCUGGUGCCCUGUCCCCAGGCUCCAGCUCCUUCAGCACGGUGUCAGGGUCGUCCACACCCGUCCAGGCGCACGCUUCGGCUACUGCCCAAGCACCUUCCGCAAGCAGUCUACCGGUACUCCAAGGCCUAAGUUUCAGUCUUCAGGAGAUCGUCACCAAAGCACCUAGCUUGUCCGCAGCAGAAGCCAACCCAGGAAGCACGCAGACCUUGUGUGGCAACAAGGCCCAGGGUCAGGUCUUGAGCUCCGCCUCUACCAGCAGCAGCACUCUCCUCCGCGCGGUGCCUGUGGUCACCACGGGGGGCGUGGCCAAAACCAACGCCAUCCACCAGCUGCUAACAAACGGCGGACUGGCCAAGCUGGCCAGCAGUUUGCCAAGCUUGGCCCACAUCAGCAACCAGAGCGCUGGGCAGAAAGGCCCCACUUCCAUAACUGUGAUGCUUCGAGGAGCACAGCCCAGCAGAGCCACGGCCCUCAGCCAAGCUGGUGAAGUCACAAGCACGAGCAGAAGCGACGUGUCAGCUGAGAGCCUGUGAACAACACAACGUGACGGGAUCUGCUGCUGAUAACACAGUUGUGGGAUCACCAGAGUGGACAUUUGUGGUUUGACAUCUUCAUCUAGAUUACACAUAAACAUGUCAUGAUAUAUUGAUGUUCUGUGAGUAUCUCACUGCCAAUAACCAUACUUGUGUCUUGGGUUUUCUCUAAUGCUCCAUGUCCUAAUACAGCCCACACUUCCAGUCUAGAAUAGUAGAUGAGAUGAUUGUCUUCUCUAUUCAUGCAAGGACACUUUCAAAGUAUCACAUUAUAAUCUUGUAGUCCAAAUGUAAUACAUACUCAUACUGGCCCUUUUUUAAGAUCUGAUGUUGAUAUCAGUCUGAUAUCAGCAUUGGAUGAUAUCGGUUUGUGUGUAAAAUGUCCGAUAAAAGCAGUCCUGCAGCGUGUUUACUUGUUUAGACAGCUAAUGUCCUACAAUUAACACACCCUUUCUUCUAAGUCGUUUUAAAAAACUGAUCAUGCUGGGCUAUAGGCUACUAGGAGCAAGCAGCUACACAACAGCUAAGCACAUGAUAGCACACAAGCUAGCCAAACGCAACCAGUGUCCUUCAUUGAACCUGUGUGAAGUUGGCGCCCCCACAUGGUCAAAAUCUCCCCAAACUUGUGCUGCUAAAGAUUUUGGGCUAACUAGGAUAGUUUGAAUGUUAUUAAGGUUUUAUGUAGCUGAUCGUUCAUCUUAAUUCCUUAAUAACAUAAAAACUACUCAAUCAAUCAAUGUUUAUUUAUAUAGCCCUAAAUCACAAGUGUCUCAAAGGGCUGCACAAGCCACAACGACAUCCUCGGUACAAAGCCCACAUAAGGGCAAGGAAAAACUCACCCCAGUGGGACGUCGAUGUGAAUGACUAUGAGAAACCUUGGAGAGGACCGCAUAUGUGGGUAACCCCCCCCCUCUAGGGGAGACCGAAAGCAAUGGAUGUCGAGUGGGUCUGACAUAAUAUUGUGAGAGUCCAGUCCAUAGUGGAUCCAACAUAAUAGUAAGAGUCCAGUCCAUAGUGGGGCCAGCAGGACACCA